AUGUUAGGGGAAGAGGCUGUUUUGAUCCUAAUUUCCUUUGUUCUCCCCUGGUUGCCCCGAGCUGCGACACGAGGUGCGCAGCUCACCGUCACAACGUCUUCUCCAAAGCGCCGAAAAGUCUCCCCAGAGCCUCGUCCCAGUCCAGGCCUUCGGGCUCGACGUCACGGCCGCUCCGUUCCUCCAGCCCGCUCUCGUCACGCCUCUGCCUCUCGCUAUAAGAGCUCCUCGCUGUCACCGCCUCGCUACGUGCCCGCUCACCUGCAGUUCCAGCAAGCCCAGCCUGGUGGCCGCUCGCUCACACCCGCGACCGCGACCGCCGGACUGACUCUAUCCAGUGAGCAUUCCGAUAUGCCCUCCGACACUCGAGAGGGUACCCCUCCCACAAUCAGCGAUGGCCGUUCUCCAUCUCCCGGUGAGAAGCGCUCGGCCUCUGAGAUCACCGACUCCGACCCCGAAGGGGGCGUGAGCACUGUCGACACCGAUAAUGCGCGCCACUCCGGAGACUCCGUGACGAACGGAAACACCUAUCCCACUCCCUCGAGCUCCGGCAGCAAGACCGAUUCCUCUCCUUCCCGCGACCAGUCGGAUUCAGAGACACCUAGCCCCGAUGGUGCCCUCACAAUCGACGAGCAAGUGGCCGAGGUGAAUGAGCUGAUGGCCGAGACAAAGAAGGACGGGCAAAAGGGCUACGUGGUCUCCAUGACCUGGCUCAAGAAGGUGCUCGCACGGCUGACCUCCCACGCCGAUCACACGAACGACUCCGCGGAUAGUCCCAUCGGACCAGUCGAAAACAUCGACCUCGUGCUCGACACCGACCCGGCCACUACCGGUUUCAAGGACGAGGCAGGCGACGACUUUCUGUCUAUGCGCCCUGGCUUGCACGAAGCUGUGGACUUUGUCAUCGUCCCUCAGCAAGGCUGGGACAAGAUCCUCAAAUGGUACGGCUUGGCUGACCAAUCGCCCACAAUUGUUCGCUACGCACAUAACUUCAGCCAACCUGGCGAUGCUGCGAAGGUUGAAUACGAGGCUUAUCCUCCCAUCCUCUCUAUCCUCAAAUUGGCCAACCCCACCGCCGGUACUACUCCAGCGACCUUGAAGGAAAAAGACCUGCCUUCCGCCAAGACAUUAACCAGUCGCCAAACCAGUUUCCAGAAAUGGCUGAAAGAGGCUAAGGAAAAGGCCGGGAUCGACAUGUCCACCAAAGUCCGCGUUUGGAAGAUUCUCAAACUUCCUCACAGCACCAACACAUCCGCUGCGGUGACUCCUGCUGCUUCUCGUACUGCGUCCCCAGCUCCGCCUCCUUCGGCUCUCAUUCCCCACACCGCAGACAAGCUGCUUCUGGACCUGAACGCUUUCCUCGGGCUUUCUGAGGGCACUCAUCGUGUACUGCUUGAACACGUCAAAGAUGAAACCAACAAUCCCAAGUAUAACGGUCGCAUGUCACUGGACAUCGCUGGCUUGGGCUCCGCUGAUCGUGUCGUUCUGGAGGAGCAAAUCGGUGGGUCCAAGGGUGGAGAAUGGGUCUCCGAGGCGUCUGCCAAAACACUGAAGCGUCUGGGUAUUCCCGUAGAACUCAAACUUGACAAUAAGCCCACUGCCCUGACACUUGGCACCAAAACACCCCCAAUUUCGAGCGGUCGAUCCACCCCGGUUUCGUGCCUUACUCCAAAGAACAUGUUUGCCCGGGGCCGAAAGGGCCGAUUGCCCAGAGUUCUGGGAUUGGACAACCUUGGCAACACUUGUUACAUGAACUCGGCAAUUCAGUGUGUGCGAAGUAUUGAGGAGCUCACAAUAUUCUUCCUCAGUGGCAAAUUCAAAUCCGAACUCAAUCCCAGCAACAAGCUUGGGUGCGGUGGAGAUGUUGCAAAAAAUUGGGCCGCUUUGCUUGCGGAUCUUUACAACCCAGAUGCGCCCACCAACUAUGUCAGCCCCGGAAAGUUCCGUCGUUCUGCUGGCCGACAGCGCUCUGAGUUUGCCGGUUAUGAUCAACACGACAGUCAAGAAUUUGUGAUGUUCCUUCUGGAUGCCUUGUCCGAGGAUUUGAGUCGCAUUGGCCAAAAGCCGUAUACCACCAUCCCCGACUCCACCGAUGAGAUGAUUCACGACCGCAAGGCGCUGGAAGAGUUCGGAAAGACCUGUUGGGACCUUUACGAGUCGCGCAACGCCUCUGUUGUCACCGACCUCUUUUCUGGAAUGUACAAGUCGACUCUUAUUUGCCCUGACUGUCACAAAACUAGCAUCAUCAUGGAUCCUUUCAGCACGCUCACGCUACCAAUUCCACCUGGUCCCCAGCCCAUGACUCGCAAGAUUAUCUUCGUGCCUUACCAGGGCUCACCAGUGUCGCUCAAUGUCCAGCUUGAUGCUUUGGACAGCCUGAAGGGUUGGAAGAAUUUCGUCGGCGAAAAGAUGGAUGUUGAUGGAGAGCGCAUCUUUGCCGCGGAGACUCAUAACUCCGCUUUCUGGAAGUAUUUCCUUCACGACGACAGCUCUUUUGAGAGCCUUGAAACCAGCCCCCACGAUGUCAUCGUGUUCUAUGACUUGGGACCCGUUUCGGCAUCUGAAGAUGACGACGUGGUUAUCCCUGUCUUCCACCGGAGAGCUGGUCCUCGCAAGAACAAAGCCAAUGCGUCGACUCUCUUUGGAAUUCCGUCCGUCAUCCGUCUAUCCCGGCAUGAAGCUGACGAUCUCGAGGCAGUUUACAGCAAGCUCAUCCUCCUGUCUGACAACAUGACGACACGUGACAUCUUGACUCCUGAGCAAUCCACCUUAGACGAGCACACGGCGGAUGACUCCGACACCGUUGUCACUAACGAGGAUGAUGCCCAGUCUGCGGAUUCCAGGAUCAAGACAUCAUCAGUUGACGGCGAAGAUAGUAUCGUGGACAUCUCAAUGCACGAUGCCCAGGCAACUAAGGGUGCUGGGAAAUCUGAGAUGGCAGGAUCCGACUCUGAGUCUAUCAAGAGCGCACAACAACAUCCUUUGGCUGGCAAAAUUCCCGCGGGCUUGUUGGCUCUGUUCGACCCGAAGGUGAUGAGCUCCAAGAAUGGUCUGCCUGAUGGGCGCAGUGUUGGAACCAAGGACUUCCCAUUGCUUUCUUCCCGCAUUGCUACCGCAAAACUUUCCAAGAAGGAUUCCGAUGCUACGUCUCAAACUUCGGCCGAUAAUAGCGAUGAGUACAGCGAUGUAGAUGGAUCUGAUGAGGACGAGGAGGACUCUGCUACUCAACUUCUUCACCAGGGCGACGCUCUUGUCCUUGACUGGAGUGUUGAAGGAUACGAAGCCCUUUUCGGUGGAAAGCCAUCAGACUCCGAAGAAUCUCGUGGUUUGCCGACUUUCAUGACCCCCAAGAAUGUCUACGAUCACAUCUCGCAACGUCAGUCCAACCUCAAAAAGUCUUCUUCUGUCACGCUUGAUGAGUGUCUCGAUAUCUUCAGCAAAUCCGAAGUUCUGUCUCGGGGAGAUACCUGGUAUUGCCCCAAGUGCAAGGACCACGUCCAGGCUACCAAGAAGUUUGACUUGUGGAGAGCUCCCGAUGUCAUGGUCGUUCAGCUCAAGCGAUUUGGCCAACUGCGUCGCCAUCACAGCAAGAUCAACACCGUGGUCAACUUCCCUCUUGAGGGCCUGGAUUUGACUGGCCGCGUGCAAGGGCCCAGUGAUGGAAAGAGCUUGGAGUAUGACUUGGUCGCCAUUGACAACCAUAUGGGCUCCAUGGGCGGUGGCCACUACACUGCCUACGUCAAGGACUUCAUUUCCGGUGAUUGGUACCACUGCAAUGACUCCAGCGCUCGCCUUGUGACCAACCCGGAGAGUAUGAUCGCAUCGAGCGCAUACCUCCUAUUCUACCGUCGCCGCUCCGAGCGCCCGCUGGGCAGCAAGGAGCUACAGGAGUUGGUUGAAGCAUUCAAACACCCCCCUACGGAUGAAUCUGGCCCUUCAUCCCCCAACCGUUCGCCUACGGGGGACGGCCAGCGUCUUGGCGACUCUUCCCGCAAUGGGUCGUCGAGCGCCUUGGUCGGAGCCGGAGCAGCUCCCCGAGCGGGCAAUGAUUCGCAAACCGAGACUCCAGCGAAUGAUGAAUACUCCACCACCGACGACAGCGACGCGGACUCUGAAGACGGCGAAGGUAUGAAACUCACCAACAACGGCCUCGAGACGGUUGGACAGGCAUCCGAUCCCCUUCAUUUCUCCCAGGAGCCUUCCUGGUCUUUCAGCAACCUGACCGGCGCUCACGCUAUCUCACAGAUAACUCCUGGUGAUGGGUCACUCGAUGAAAGCGGUCUGUUUGACGAUGAUGAGAUUGAUAGCAACCUGGCCGUUGGGAACGAUGAAAUGGACCCGGACACCCGCAUGACCGAGUUGGAAGACUCUCACUCUGUCCGUCCAGAUGGUGCAUCCUUUGAAGACGUCUCCCACCUCAUGGAUGAUUCUGACGACGAACUUCCUGUGGUGGAGUUGCGAGUCGGUGAUGAGGACAAAAUGACCUCGGAUUGA